AUGAACGUCCGUGGUCUCCGAUCCCUGGGAGUUUCCAGCGCGAACUAUUCUGCUAUGCUGUCUGAAAUCCUAUUGUCGUCACUCCCUACGGACAUUGUAGUGGAAUACCAUCGCUCUACAAAUCGUAAACAGCAGGACGAGGACAGCUCCGAAUCGAACUCAACGCACGGCGCUUCGGACGCAUCGACGGACGCCACAUCCGAGGCCACGAGAGAACUAAACAAUAUACUUCGUUUCUUUCGGAUCGAGGUAGAAAGUCGAGAACGCAGCGGAUUGGCUCCAGAUAGAAAGAAACCUUCCAUAGCGCCCAAGAAACGACAGGGCUUCAACCACCGCAGUACGCCCUCGGCCGCGGUACUCUACAGCGCGUCAGUUCCUAAGUGCGGCUGCCUCUUUUGUUCGGAUACUGCGCACACAACGGACAACUGUGCUGGACCACUUCCAUUGGAUCGGCGGAAGAAGAGGUUGGCUGAUGAUCGACGCGGUUUCCGGUGUACUAAGCGAGGUCACAAUGCCAAAGAAUGCCGAGGAAAAAUGCGUUGUCCGAAAUGCGGUGGGAAGCAUGCCGUGGCGAUGUGCGACCCGUCCUGGACGCCCCCGAAGAAAAACGCUGACGGUGCAAAAGCUACUAUGCUGGCAGCUGAAGACACCCCUGCGGAGAGUAACACUGUGCUGCUGCAAACUUUCCGCAGUUGGGUCAUGGGCGACCAUAAAUGCACGUACAUACGGGGCGUAAUUGAUGGAGGCAGUCAACAGACCUUUAUCCGAAAAGAUGUGGCCGACAAACUUCGCCUCAAUGUGCUAGGUAACAUCACGGUGAGCCUUAACACUUUUGGCAGUACUACCGCCACCCAACAACGACAACGAUGCAAUGUAGUGGAAGUCCGGUUGCGGAGUCAGUUCGCACCAACGGAAUUUACUGUGCAAGCUGUCACCGUACCCUUCAUCUGCCGUGACAUUUGCAAAACUACAGUGGAAGACGAACUCGCUCGGGCCAUACGUGCGGAUGGUGGCUACAUAGCUGACGAACUGCUGUUCCCCGACAUACCCGCUGAGUCCGGUGUUUCUCUGCUGUUGGGCUGCGAUCAACUCUGGAAUCUCACUACCGGAAAAAUUAAACGCAGCACAUUCACCGGAGGACUGGUUGCCAUCGAGACAAGCCUGGGCUGGACUUUCCAAGGUCCCAUGUCUACAUAUAGCUGCACAUCAGACUCGAACGCUAUGAUUUGUGUGUUGAAGGCAGGAGUACGCCUACAAGAGGAAACAGCCACUUCGCUUCGCACCUUGCGGGAGCUGGAAGGCAGCGGUAUCGCUGACGAACCCGAAAGCAACCGUGAAAUAGACUACCGCGGAUGCGACGACUUCCGGGAAAAUGUCACAAUGCAAGAGGGGCGAUACGUAGUUGCACUGCCAUGGAAGUCCGCUGAAUGCCAUCUUCAUGACAACCGCAAGGUGGCUCAGAGCCGACUGGUGAGACUCGUACGGCGCUUGGAGAAGGAGAGAGCUCGCGAUGACUACGAUCUUCUUACCAACGCAUCUACACCUGAGGAGGUGAAGAGCAUCGUCGAUUCGACGAACAGGAUAAUGAACGCAUCUGGAAUGGAACUUAGAAAAUGGGCAUCGAACUUGACCGAACUACAAAACUGCUUCGAUGACGAUUUUUCGGAGGCCCCAGAAACACAUCGGGCCAUGAUAACAGAAGAGGUAACGAGAGUGCUGGGAAUUACCUGGGAUAGAACGGGCGACAUGCUCAGCACCCUUACCCCAUUGAAACAGACUUCGAAGGGAGAUAAACAAUUAUCUCCUUUCGGGGGGGAGGAUGUUGAGAAAACAAGUGCAGAUGGCCAAAAGGCCAUGCAUGUUAAGUGGACGGUCCCUUUCAAGGAACCCCACUGUGAGCUACGGCGACGGUCGUCCUCGGCUGUAACCUGA